CCGCCCCCAGGACCCGGAAGAAGCGCUGCCCCUACUCCAAAUUCCAGAUCCGGGAGCUGGAGCGGGAGUUUUUUUUCAACGUUUACAUCAACAAGGAGAAGCGGCUGCAGCUGUCGCGACUGCUGAACCUGAGCGACCGACAGGUGAAGAUCUGGUUCCAGAACCGCCGCAUGAAGGAGAAGAAGCUGAGCCGGGACCGGCUGCAGUUCUUCUCGGGGAACCCCCUGCUCUGA